AUCUGCACCCUGAUUACAUGCUUUAUAAGUAGACCUGUGGAUCUGUUUAACUUUUGUAGUGUUUUCUUCAGGACACCAGUCAUGAAUUUCUGGGAGACUGUGCUUUGUGCUUUCUUAGCAACCCUCCUAGCGACCAUACUUGGAGGGCUCUAUACAAUAGGAGCAUUUCGCAAGAGGAAACCCAAGGAACCUCCACUGGACAAAGGCUUCAUUCCAUGGCUGGGACAUGGGAUUGCUUUUAAGAAGAACCCUGUCGAAUUUUUGCAAGCAAUGCGGAAGAAGCAUGGGGAUAUUUUCACAUUUUUGGUUGGUGGCAACUACAUGCAUUUUGUGGCAGAUCCUGACUCGUAUGAACAAAUACUUAAAGAAUCAGAAGACAAACUGGAUUUUAAGAAGUUUGCAUCAAUGAUAGUUUUUAAUGCAUUUGCUUUUCAGACCACUGAAUCUCAUCAUCAUAUUGUGAAAAGAAUUAGCUAUGAAUAUCUUAGAGGGAAGAAUCUGACUGCCCUGAACCAGGUGAUGAUGGAGAAACUGAAGAUGGUGAUGCUCCACAGCCAGGGUUCAGGAGAGGAGAAGAGACACUGGCAGCAGGACGGAGUCCUCCACUUUAGCUACAAAACCAUCUUCCAAGCUGCCUUUAUGGCUUUGUUUGGAACUGAGCCAGGCACAGAUGCCAAGAGCAAAGAUAAUGCUACUGAGAAUACCCCAACACCAUAUGAAGAGCUUUUGGGGGAUUUUCAGAAAUUUGAUGAUUUAUUUCCCCAAAUGGCUCUCGGCAUCCUUGAUCCUGAGGGCAAGAAGGAGACAGAAAGGUUGAAGAAUUUAUUCUGGGACACACUCUCAGUAGAUAAGUUGUAUCAGAAGGAUAAUAUCAGUAAAUGGGUAGUUGAGCAAGAUCAGCAGAUGUCUGAUAUUGGGAUGACGGAAAAGAUGCGGAGUCAAUUCCUGUUUCUUCUUCUUUGGGCAUCUCAAGCAAACACUGGUCCAGCUACUUUCUGGAUUCUUGUGUAUCUCCUGAAAUAUCCAGAAGCAAUGGAGGCAGUGAGGGAAGAAGUGAACAGAGUACUAAGAGAGACCGGUCAGGAAGUGAAGCCAGGCAGCCCCUUCAUCGACGUGUCUCUGGAAACGAUAAAGACUCCUCUUCUGGACAGUGCAAUAGAGGAAACUCUGCGCUUGAAAUCCAGUCCUUUUCUGUUCCGAAGUGUGAAGCAGGAUACAGAUCUGACAAUGGCUGAUGGGACAGAAUACAUUCUUCGGAAAGGAGACCAUCUACUUCUUUUCCCUUUUAUUGGACUGCAAACGGAUCCAGAAAUCCACCCUGACCCUCACACAUUCAAAUGCGACAGGUUCUUGAACCCAGAUGGCACGAAAAAAGAGUUCUACAAGAAUGCGAAAAAGCUCAAAUAUUACAGUAUGCCUUUUGGGGGAGGACCGUCUUUGUGCCCUGGGCGAUUCUUUGCUGUUAGUGAAAUGAAGAUGUUUGUGAUCCUGAUGCUCACCUACUUUGACAUGGAACUGGUGAAUGCAGAAGAGGAAAUCCCACCAGUAGAUGUAACCCGCUAUGGGUUUGGAACUAUACAUCCUUCUCAUGACAUCAAGUUCAGGUAUCGGCAGCGGUUUUAAAGGGAAAGUUAAACUUGAUUUGCAUAGUUAUGACUGUCGUUUAUUCUGUUAAAUCCUGGGUGAAAUAAUCUAUAAAAUAACAGUGGCUAUUCCAAUAUGCCUCUGGUAAGGGUGGAGGUAUAAAAAAAUGCCAAGGUCCACAACAGUGGCCACAUCUUACAGUUGGCAUAGGUCCAUGGGUGCCAACAGGGUUUUCUGGGGAUUGGGCCCACUGCUGCCCUCACAAUAGAAAACAAGAAUUGCAUAAGAUUUGCAUACACUUAAUUUCAUAUGCAAAUUUAUACCUAUUUUGGGUGGUGGGCCCAAAAAUAAACUAGAGGUCACUCACAAGUAAUAAGAUGUCUGGCAGACCGAAUAUCAGCAGGUGAAGCUUUCCACAUUAUUUUCGUUCCAUACUGGAACUGUUUAAUAUCUGCCUGCCAUGUAGCUGUUUAAGGCAUGAGAGCCCUGCUCUCCCCCAGUGCCGACCCUCAUCCAUGCCAAGAACUCGUUUCAUGAGUUGUGAAGGGUUUAUGCUGAUGUAGAUCUUUCACAUCAGCUGAUCUUGGACUGGCAAUAGUACAAAGUAAGUCUAGGUGUGAUAUUUCAGAUGGAAGGGUCCAAAGUGAUUUAAGAUUCACAGCAAUUCUGUGAAGAGGCUCAUGUUUGGAUAAAUUCAUGAUUUAAAUAGUUAAAAAGCAUACAGUGCAUUUGAAUAUUGUGGUUAUUUAUUAAUACCUCAUAAUAAUUACAUGUUUUUUAAAAAAAACAAAAGGGAUUUGAAAUCCCCACUCAGCCAUGAAUCUCUCUGGGUGACCUUGGGCCAGUCACUGUGUUUUAGGCUAACCUACCUCACAGGGGUGCUGUGAGGAUAAAAUGUAAAGAGGGAGGAUGAUGUAUACCAACUUGAGCUCUUUGAAUAAAAAUGAUAAUAAAUA